AGAAAAUGGCUAAGAAAGUGAGCAACAAACAGAUAAUAUUCAAAGAUUACAUUCAAGGCUUCCCAAAAGAAUCAGACAUGAUCCUCAAAACCUCCAUUAUCAAACUCAAAGUGCCCGACAACUGCAACAAUGCCGUUUUGGUGAAGAAUCUCUACUUGUCCUGCGAUCCCUACAUGCGCAGCCGCAUGAGCAAAAUCGACGACAACUAUGUUCCCAUCUUCACCCCUUCCGAGCCGAUGAGCGGAGAAGGAGUGGCGAAAGUGGUGGAUUCUUCUCAUCCCGAUUUCAGGAAAGGAGACUUGGUGACUGCCAUAACCGGAUGGGAAGAAUACACUCUUAUCAAAUCCACACAAACACACUUCAUUCGAAAAAUCCACCACACCAAUGUGCCUCUUUCCUACUACAUUGGGAUUCUUGGUAUGCCUGGGAUGACUGCUUACACUGGUUUUUAUGAGCUAUCGAAACCACAACAAGGCGACAUGGUGUUUGUUUCGGCUGCAUCGGGAGCUGUUGGGCAGCUUGUUGGCCAGUUUGCGAAGCUUUCCGGCUGCUACGUCGUCGGAAGUGCAGGCACCAAAGACAAGGUGGAUCUCCUCAAAACCAAAUUCGGUUUCAACGACGCAUUCAACUAUAAAGAAGAAACUGAUCUAAAUGCAGCUCUGAAGAGGUGUUUCCCUCAAGGGAUAGACAUAUACUUCGACAACGUCGGAGGGGAGAUGCUCGACGCGGUGCUUCCGAACAUGAAAUUGAACGGUCGGAUCGCGACUUGCGGGAUGAUAUCGCAGUACAACCUCAAACAGGGCGAGGGCGUGAGAAACUUGCUAUGCAUCAUGGCCAAGCAGAUCAGGAUGCAGGGGUUUCUUGUUUAUCACUACCGCCAUCUCUAUCCGAAGCUGUUCGAUUUAGUCGCGCCGCUUUUGGAGGAAGGCGAGAUUGCGUACGUGGAGGACGUCGCGGAAGGGCUUGAGAGGGCGCCCGCUGCGUUGAUCGGCCUCUUCUCGGGCCGCAACGUCGGGAAGCAGCUCGUGCGUGUUGCUUCGGACUAGCUUAGCAUCGUUGUUCGUAUCCUCGAAUAAUGUGACGCGGUCGACUUUGAAGUUUGAAAAAUAUAUUGAUAGAAGCUCCAUUGGGUUAUAUUUUUCAUGGUCCACUAUUAAUUUGUCAAAUUGAUACUGGACUAUACGAGUUUUCAAUCAUGUUAAUUUGUUUCAA